GCCUGGUGAAGAUGGGGGGUGGAGCCGGGUGUCCAAAAAUGGAAGGGGUUUGCAAAAGGGAUAGACCAAACGAAACUGACAUCUAUCAUACAUCUAUCUAUUGUAGGCCCCCCCCCAAAAAAUGGGGUGUGGCUUCCGACCGCGGGGAGAGCUGUUAAAAGCCAUUUCCAGUGUGUGAGCAAUGGCACUGAGAUUUGCUUGGGCGUUCUUGUGGGUGUCGUCCUUUCCUUCUGCAAGGGCAGAGGUUCGGUCUUUUGCUUUGCCAGACUUCCCCAUCGUCUAUGUGAUUUACACCCCUGGUGGUGUUCCUCAGGCUCGUGCAGUGGUAGCACCUUCAGAACCAUGUCCCAAGCUGAAGGCACUGGCUGGUGCUCAAGGUCUGUUGAAGGAGUCUGGCAAUGUGAGCCUCCGGGCGGUUGGUAGUCAACACAUGCCCCACCGAUUUCCGGUGAAGGUUUGCCAAGUGCAGCUGCCGACGAACGUCCCUGCAGGCACCCUGGUUUUCGGACGCCCCCUCCCCAGAAUCUCCGCACAACCCAUCAAGACGUUGCUGCUGGGUGAUACUGGCUUGCGGGUCAAGGCGAAGAAUGAUGGUACAUGCCUUCACCCUGGACCUAAGAAACUUUACGGCAUCAAGCAGUGCCAAGCAAGCGCCAUCAUCCCCUUCAAUGCAAGCCUAGUGUCCGGAAGCUUCCAAAACCUUUCGGAAUGGCACCUGAAGGCCCAGAUGGAUGCGGCUGCCAGCGACAAGCCAGACCUUGUCGUCCAUGUUGGGGACUACUUCUAUCGGCAGGGUCCUUGUCCACAGAAUAAGCCAUGCACAGCCAUCAACAAUGCGAGCUUUCCCCAUUUGCCUGGUGCUUGGGGUGACAACUGGAACGGUUGGUAUGCCGACUUCUUUGCUCCGAGCCUCAGCCUUUUGUCCAAAGCUCCAUGGAUCGUGCUGCGUGGCAAUCAUGAACGCUGUGACCGGGGAGGUGGUGGCUAUUUCCUGUUUCUGGACCCCAGAAAUUAUCCAAACACGGUGGCCGGUGGUGAAUUCUGUGUGGACUACACAGACCCAUACACGGUGCCCUUUGCCAAGGAGCAGUUUUUGGUCAUGGACACUGCCAUGGUGGAUGAUGUGGACGUCGAUGAUGUGUGUCCCACUGGUGCACUUGAGCAGUUCCAGAUCUUCCCUUCCAACCGCUUGGAGGACCCCGAUCAGGACAUGACGCGAGAAGAGAUUCUGGAACAAGUUGAGCGGUACCGCCAGCAGUUCAAAGAGAUGGCGGAGAUGAAGCAGUUGGGUCUCAGCAACUUUUUGCUCAGUCACCAUCCCAUGUUUGGCUUCAAGUGCAACCAGGGUGCCUAUGAGUCGGCUGAAUGGACUCUUCAACAGGCGCUGGGAAGGAACACGUUGGAGGGCAUCUCAGCGACGAUUCAUGGGCAUUUUCAUUUCUUCCAGCUUACUCAGUUAGCUGGUCUUCCACCACACUUCAUUGUGGGCAAUGGUGGCACCAUGCUGAGGAGGUAUGACAGCUUGGCUCAGGGAGCUACUGGGAUGGACAUGGUGCUGCCUUGGACGACUGUGAAGGUCAGGGAUGCUUUUACCAAGAGUGUUUUUGGCUACAGCUCCUUGCUUGGACGUGACAACUACAUCUUCACCGCUUUCCAACGAAACCAGAAAGGCCAGGAGCAAAGUAUGUGGAAUACCAGCUUUACGCGUGCCCAGAUGGGCCGCAGCUUAAGGGAGGCGGCUGCCUCCCAGGCGGCUCCUCCCAUCUUCGUUUAGGAGCUGCCAUCGAGCAAGGCAGUCCAACCUUCCAAGACCGAUCGCGCAGGUCAUGCCUUGAGGUCAGAGAGUACUUCUAUGAAGGUCUCCCCUUUCUACAGAAGGGUUUACCUCUCCAUGACUGUGAGACGCCGGAAGUGAGCCAUUUCGCAGCAGAUGCCCUUGGUGUAUAGAUUCCACUGCAGCUCCAGCCGUUUCUCAAACGUUUGAAUGCAGCAGAUGGGCCUGUCGGGGCCAAUUGCAAGUCUCAAUUAGCGCAAUGCCGCUGGACAUGUGAGCUGUACGUUGGAUAGCCAAGGGAUUGACCCAUGGCCAGGUAUAGUUCAUAAAAUGUCCGACAGAAGAGGAAGGCGGGAGGGGACCGGG